AUCCUGUUCCAUGGAUUCUCUCAAGAUACUCACAACCCUUACGGUGGUCUUUUGGCUUCCAAGUGGAUGUUAUGCCAGUUCUGAAGGAUCCUGGUGUUACAUGGAGCCACACUGUGGUCCUAAAUCCUGGAUAUCCCUUGGUCAUUGCAAUGGCAAGAGACAGUCACCAAUCAACAUUAUUCACAGAGAUGCUUCCCACAACCCCAGUCUGGGUCCUGUACACCUUGUUGGUUAUGACAGCAGCAAGAAGCUGCUGGAAAUCAGGAAUACUGGGAAAACAGUUGACGUAUCCCUGGGAGAUGGUCUUCAUCUCGCUGGUUUUGGCCUUCCCGCCCGCUAUACAGCCAAAUCCUUUCACCUUCACUGGGGAGCAGGUGCCUCGCGACCUGGCUCGGAGCAUCAGAUUGAUGGCAAACAAUACUCAAUGGAGUUGCACAUUGUACAUACCAGAAACAACAUGGACAUGUCAAAUGCUGUGAAGGAUCCAAAGGGCAUCGCAGUGCUGGCAUUUUUUAUUGAGGAAUCUGAGAAGGCUAAGGACAAAACUGCGGAGGCAUGGGAAUUGUUUGCCAAGAACCUCAAAAAAGUUUCCGAAAAAGGGGAAGAUGUGCAUCUUGACGGCUCUUUUUCUCUGCUGGAUUUGAUGGAUUCCACUAGCCUCGACCGUUAUUACCGCUACCCUGGAUCCCUUACCACUCCUGGCUGUGAUGAGGCUGUAAUAUGGACCGUCUUUGCUGACCCCAUCCUGGUGCCUCCUAAAGUGGUCAAGAAAUUUGCUUCAGAGCUCUCAUCUACAGAGUCUUCAAAGGGACCCCAGCUAAUAAACAACUUCCGUCCCAUACAGAAGAUUGGAGAUCGGAAAGUAGAGGCAUCUGAUGCUUUGAAGUCUGCAGCUGCCAUUUUUGUUUCUCCUCCAACUGUAUUUAUCCUCUUCCUUUCUAUCACCACCUUUCUACAAUUCUUCUAUCUGUAAGGUAGGAUGUCAGGAGUGAACCAGGUGGACUUGCAGUUCCUGAGAAGUCAUAGCUAACCUUUCUGCCCUCUAUAUCAGAGUUGGUAUUCAGUAAAUUCUGACCAGUUCUGGAGAACCGCUAGCAGAAAUCUUGAGUAGUUCGGAGAACUG